AAAAGAUUCCUUUACCUAAACCAAGCAAAAAGACCCUCUUUUUUUGCUCUGAAAGUGUGUCUUUUUGUACCAAUCAAAUUACAGUCACAGAGAAACUCAUCAUCUUUUCUCUGUAAGUAACAUCACUGAAUCCCACGCUCAUCUCAUCCUCCAUUUCUAGAGUUUAUCGCCAUUCCAUUUCUAUGCUUUUCGCAGAUGUAGUUACUUACUUACUACAAUGUAUUUAAGGUGAUUGAAAUUUGAAAUGUUGAAUUUGUGAAGUAAGAUGAGUAAGCGUGAAUUUUCAAGGAUGAAGCCGUUAUCAUCACAAGUUCCUUUGGCUACUUUGAUUGGCCGUGAGAUUCGAAAUGAGAAUGUUGAAAAACCUUUUGUCAAAUAUGGACAAGCUGGAUUGGCAAAAAAAGGAGAAGAUUACUUUUUUAUUAAAACUGAUUGUUACAGGGUUCCCUCUGAUCCAUCAACUGCGUUUUCCGUCUUCGCGAUUUUUGACGGGCACAACGGUAUAUCAGCUGCUAUUUAUACAAAGGAAAACUUGCUUAAUAAUGUUUUGAGUGCAAUGCCACAAGAUAUCAGCAGGGAUGCAUGGCUACAGGCCCUUCCUCGCGCUUUAGUUGUUGGUUUUGUGAAAACUGACACAGAGUUUCAGAAGAAGGGGGAAACUUCUGGAACAACAGCUACAUUUGUUCUGGUUGAUGGAUGGACUGUCACUGUUGCAUCUGUUGGUGAUUCCCGUUGCAUAUUAGAUACUCAGGGAGGUGUAGUUUCUCUCCUGACAGUUGACCAUAGAUUGGAAGAGAAUGUAGAAGAGAGGGAGCGUGUUACUGCCAGUGGUGGUGAAGUAGGAAGACUCAAUAUAUUUGGGGGAAAUGCGGUAGGGCCUCUUCGCUGCUGGCCUGGUGGAUUGUGCCUAUCUAGAUCAAUAGGAGACACGGAUGUCGGAGAAUAUAUUGUGCCAAUACCACAUGUUAAGCAAGUGAAACUUUCAAAUGCUGGUGGAAGGCUUAUUAUAGCCUCUGAUGGUAUUUGGGAUGCUUUAUCUAAUGAUACGGCUGCCAUGUCAUGUCGGGGUCUACCUGCAGAGCUUGCUGCUAAGCUAGUGGUUAAGGAAGCUCUUAGAUCUAGAGGCCUGAAGGAUGAUACAACCUGCCUUGUUGUAGAUAUUAUUCCUUCUGACCACUCUGUAUUACCACCAACUCCAAGAAAGAAAAAUAAUAUGCUAACCACGCUUCUCUUUAGAAAGAAAUCUGAGAACUCUACAAACAAAGCUACUAGCAAGCUUUCUGCAGUUGGUGUUGUUGAGGAGUUAUUUGAAGAGGGUUCUGCAAUGCUUAUAGAAAGGCUUGGUAAGGAUUUUCCAUUUGAUAAGAAUUCUGAGAUAUUCCGCUGUGCGAUUUGCCAAGUGGAUCAACCCCCUGGCAAUGGUUUAUCAGUGAACUCUGGACCUUUCUUUUCUCCAGCUUCUAAGCCAUGGGAAGGCCCAUUUCUCUGCACAAAUUGUCGGAAGAAAAAAGAUGCCAUGGAAGGAAAGAGGCCUAGCUCACCUACCGUUACAGCACAAUAAUUAUCUAAUAUUAUGGUUCCACAGUAAAUAUUUGUAUAAUUUUAUCUGGCAGUGCGAGCAUGCUUGAUUUUGCAUUUUCGGUGGUGAUUGUCAUAGAUGUGCAAGAAAUGAAGUUAAGAUAGGUCUAGUAAGUGUUUUGGAAAUUGUAACAAAUUUGAUUAUGGCUUGUGCUCAGCUGUUGGACUGACUGAUAGAACAAAUAUGGUGUCUGGUAGAUAGGUGAUUUGUGCUAAGCUAACAGUUUGUAUUUGUAAGUAAACUGAAGCUAUGGUUACAUCUCCCAUUCGAGACCUUCAACGAUAAGCCCCUUUUGAGACUAAAAGAAGUCUCAAUCGUAUCUGAAAAUCAGGAUUUUGUGAUCUUUGUUGACCCCUCUCUCCCCCAACACAAAAUAGUCUAUGAAUGUGAAAAUUGUUGAUCAA